GUCAGUUUCAGAAUCUUUUUUAUUUCACUAUGGAAUCACAUGAACCAACCGAUUCAGAUUCACCCCGAUCGUAACUCUUAUAUGACUGACCGUACGGACCAAGAAAUACUUAAUAACAUAUAUAGAGUGUUUCGCAUAAAAUAUAACAAGAAUGAUGAGCCUUCAUCACCUGAUGUGAUGGUAUUGUCUGGGUCUGAACCAUUUGAUGAUGAGUUCUCAUCAGACGGUGAUGAAAAUGAUGAUGAAAAUGAUACACUGGAAGGGGAUGAUCCUCAUAAUCCCAUAUAUUUGUCUCGAGCAACGAAUUCAUCAACGAAGGUCAGCGAAAAAAGUAAUGAAACAACAGAAUUGUCUGACAACGGAUACACUCCAAAUGCUUAUUAUCAGAAGACCAUCAUAAAUUCAGGCAAGAAUAUAUUCUUUUUUCAUCUACUGAGAAGUGGAGGAAGAGAUGGAGAAUGGAAGUUUGGGGUUGAAUAG